GCACAAACAAAGCACCAUCUGCUGCUCCACGCUUGCUUUUGCAGAGGCUGGCCACCAAUGGCUGCGGUGGUGCCCGCCAUGCAUGCCGUCGCGUCAUCAUUCAUUCACCGCAGCAUCGAUGUUCAUUCUCAUUCAGACCAAUCCAAACGCUACACAUAAUAACGGCACCACCCUCGAGAGCAGCCUGGUGACCCAGCGACCGAAACAAUCGCGCAACACACCCUACCCGCAUCUUCUGCAAACAAUCACGGCUGCAAACAAUCAUACAACCAACCACCCAAGCAACACACCACAGCGCCAGCAGCCAGCAGCCAGCAGCCAGUCUGCCAAUCAAUCGAACAUUCCUGAGCCGCUCCCUCUCAUCACAGCGAGCAUUUAUUUCUGCGACACCAACACACCCGAGUUGUGUUCGAUUGCCAGGGUUGCAAUUGCGCGUGCAUGCUCGUGGCUGCCUUCCUCCCACCCACCCACAACUGAGGCAUUCCCUCCCAGCUAGCUUGCUUGCUUGCUUGCUGACCCCCUUCGGGUGCGAAUCACGAAACAAAACCGCGCACCGAACCAAAGCGACAACGCCACCCGCGCAGCAGCAGCAGCAGCACACGCAAGGCGCGGCCCACUCCCUCGCUCCCCGCCCUCUCGUGCCAGUUGGUUGGAUUGCAUGAGCACGUUCCUGCAACCGUCCUCGCAAUCCACGACACGCAACCACCCACCGCAGCCACAACAAUGCCCGCCGAGGUUAUUAUUUCCCCCUCCCGCCCCGCUCCAGCACCACCUUCAACCGCCACUCUAACAAAGAACCCUGCGGCAACCGUCACCCUGCGUCCAUUGAGCAGCACCACAGCCGCCCACAGGCACAUAACAACGGCACCACAACCACCGCCAUUUUCAUCCUCAGCAGCAGCAGCAGCAGCAGCAGCAGCAGCAGCAGCAGCACAGAAGCAGCUCGUCGAAGAAGACGACACCUGGCACGUCGCAGCACGCUACCCACCAUCGCAGGACGUGCCCCGCGUGGACAGCGACGGCCUUCCACUCUGCGGUGACCUUUCGCCAUCAGCAUCAUCGCCAUCGUCAGCAGCACGCCACGCACGCAUCGGCAGCACUGCCAGCACCGCCAGCAUGGAUGUCAUCAACAGCACCACUGCAGCCUGGUUCAACACGGGUUCCAUGGCGCACCUGCCGUCCUCGCGCUACACCGUCAAGCGCCAGCUCGGCUCCGGCGCGUAUGCAACCGUGUACCACGCAUACGACCACAUCUGCAAGCGCGACGUGGCCGUGAAACAAAUUGCCCGCUCCUCAUCGUCAUCGACUGUUCAGACGGCUGCACGCCGGCAGCGCCGGCACAACGACAGCAGACACGACCGGGCCGAUCGCGACGUGCACAUUGAUGUGGCCACGCACGAGGCAGCCAUCUGCACCGCCCUCUCCCACCCCAACAUCAUCCGCACCUUUGACGCCUUCCACACCCCACACGCCACGUUCCUGGCCAUGGAGCUGGCAGCGCCGGCCGACCUCUACGAGCGGCUCAAGCCCGACGCGCCCACGCCGCUGACGGAGCCCUUUGUGCGGCGGUGGAUGCACCAGCUCAGCAGCGCCCUCCUCUACAUCCAUGACCACCACAGCCUCACCCACGCAGACGUCAAGCCAGAGAACGUGCUGCUGGACCUGCGCGACAACGUCAAGCUGUGCGACUUUGGCCUCGCCCGCAGCAUCGGCGCCCGCGCACGCCCCCCGCUGCCGGGCACAUCGUGCUACAUGGCCCCGGAGCAGCUGCUGGUCGAGGCUGCGGCCACCCCGGUCGACGCGUGUCCCAUCUGCGCAACAGCAACCACAACAGCAACGGCGGGGCCCCGCGCGCCAGUGCCACCGCCGUCGUCGUCGUCCUCGUCGGCGUCAUCAGCAGCAUGUGUCAUGCGGCGGCACCGGCGCAACAAGAGCUGCGGGGCCACCCCGGCCCACGGCGACCGCCAAUGCACGUGCGCAUACACAUACACGGCCGGCGUGGACGUGUGGGGGCUGGGCCUGGUGCUGUACGCCAUGCUGUUUGCAGACCUGCCGUGGGACAAGGCGCGCAUGGCAGAUGCAGACUACCGCGCGUAUGUGCAGCGGGGCGGGUUUGCGGCGCACCGCCACCCGUUUGUGCUGCUGACGCGGCCGCUGCUGGACGCGGUGCACGGCAUGCUGCAUCCGGUUGAGGCACAGCGGUGGUCCAUGGCGCAGGUGGCCGCGUUCUUCGCCCACGACGCCCCGCGCACCACCUGGUUCCGCUCCCAGGAGGAGGUCAUGGCCGCGCAGGCAGCAGCAGCCGCAGCCAAGGCAGCCGCACGCUCACAGGCGCACGCGCACGCGCACGCGGGCGAUGUCAGUCGCGGCAGUGCAACAGACAGUCGUGCUGGCGUCAGCAGCGGCGUCCGCUGUGCACCCGCAGCGCCAAGCGCCACCUCAUCAUCAGCCACACCAUACUCAAACUCCGCGUCCUCCUCCUCCCCCUCGUCAUCUUCCUCCUGCUCUCCUUCGCGCAACCCCUCCUUCGCCCCCACCACUGCCACCGCCACAACAACAACUGCAUCAACAACAACUGCAUCGUCAUCGCAGCAGCGGCGCAGGCGCAGACGGCCGUCUGUUCCCGCGAAUGGAACAACGACUGCCAUCACCGCCACAAAGCGGUGCACAGGAACAACUCCUACCCCUACAACGACGACGAUCGCAGGAAAGGCGCUCUCUCGUCCCACCACUGCACAUGCGGUGACAGCCCGGCCGCCGGCGUCAUCGCCACUAGCGUCUCCCAUUCGCCGCCCCGCCACCAGCAAGACCACGCGCCCGCACACGGCCACAGCCACCCCCACGUACGCAGUCAGGGGUGGCCGAAGCUUGCCUGCAAGCAGACGGACCAGCGGUGAUGCAGGCAUUUCAUCACCGCCCGUCAAAGGUGCCGUUCGCCCCGCAUCUGCCUCUGCGCAGCACCACCAGCAGCAGCAACGCCGGCGCCACCAUUCUGGAACCCCGACCGCCGUCGGAUCGCCGUCGCCAUCGUCGCCCCGCCGCCAUCACCACCGCGGGGCCGGCACGAGCGCGCUGAGUCCGCUGCGGUCCACGCUGCCCGUGUGCACGCCGCGCAGCGUGUGGCAGUCGCGGCAGGACCUGAGCACGACGGAGGACGAGGGGUUGGACGGCACGUUCGACCGCCACAGCGCCAGGGACCGGGCCGUCACGGGAUCAGCGACCACGACGGCGCCGAUGAAGACGCCGGCACCAACGGCGGGAACACGCUCCCCUGCAACUGCUGCCGUUACGUCAAUGCGCACAUCCCAGGUGAAGAGCAUGGCACCAUCGUCGUCGCCGUCGAGUCGCCGCACGCGAAGUGGUCGCCAUUCGGUGGCCGGGAUGAGUGCACAGCAGCAGCGACAUGUCAUGGCGAAGGUGGCGGCGCUCAGCUGCACGUCCUCCAUCUCCCUCAUCUCUGCCGACUCGGCCACCUGCCCAGAUAUGGACGAGUCCACCGCAUUUUGAGCGAUGCUUUCUUCUUCUUCUUCUUCUUCUUCUUCUUCUUCUUCUUCUUCUUCUUCUUCUUCUUCUUGUGCCUCGUUUUCUUCUUGUGGUUUCUGUCCUCCCUAAUUUUGUACCUUCAGACACCGUGGCGUCUUGUGGAUUCAAUGCCACACCCACACCCUGGUCUGGCGCACGCGCGCCUUGUUCUCCCCAUCAUUGAUGUGUUUUUGGUUUUGGUUUUAUGUUUUGUUUUCUCUUAUGGCUCUAUUGUUAUCGCUUGUUACUUGUUGAUGCACACGUUUAACGGACUGCUUUUGCCAACCACCGCGCAUACAUAUGUUCCCCAAGACUGCACAUAAUCGGCUCCCACUCCCUUGUGUCGUGGUUUGCACGCACACCAAACAACCAAUAAAUGACGCUUCCCAA